AUGAAGAUCCUUGUCGUGGGAGGAACCGGCAUGAUCGGCGGCCACGCCGCCCUUCACCUCCGUUCCAAAGGUCACCAGGUCACCAUCAGCGGCCGUCGAGCACCCACGGAAGUUUCCGCCCUCGUCAAGCUCCCAUUCCUCCAAGGAAACUACCUCCGCGGUGACAUUACAGCGGAACAGCUUGCCCUUUUCGAAGCCGUGGUGUUCGCGGCCGGGAGCGACGUCAGGCAUGUACCGGAGGGUCAGGGGGCCGACGAACACUACCUGCAAGCCAACGGGGAGGCUGUACCGGCGUUCGCCCGCAUGGCUCGGGAGGCAGGUGUCAGGAUAUUCGUGCACGUGGGGAGCGCGUACCCUCACAUCGUGCCCGAAGCGGUUCACUCGAGCCCCUACGUCCGCUCCCGCAAGCUAGCGGCCGACGUGGUGGCUGCACUCGCCACACCUACCUUCCACCCCUGCAGCCUAGAUCCUCCGAUCGUCGUCGGCACGGUCCCUGGCAUGAAUAUACCGAUGUUCGAGGCCUACAUACAGUACGCGGAGGGAAAACUCCCCAUUCCGUCUUUUGCGCCCGCCGGGGGGCUCAACUUCAUCUCGACGCAGUCUCUCUCUGAAGCGAUCGCCGGAGCCAUCGAGAACAGCGGAACAGUGUCCGGGAGAUCUAUCUUGGUUGGCGACGAGAACCUGGCAUACGCAGAGUACCUUGAGAUGUUCUUUCACGCCGUUAGAAACCCGGAGAAACUGCCUGUUUUGGACCAGGACCACCCGCUGAUGCCUCGGGCGACACUCUAUGCCGGGGACAGGGUUGUCACGUAUGAGCCCGACCCUGCAGAUGUGAUAGCUUUAGGAGGGUAUCGGCGGAACGACGUCAGGAAUGCUAUUAGUGAAAUUAUAUCUCAGCAUCGUUCACGCGAGUAA